CCAGUCCUGUAUAGUCCUGCCUACAACAUCAGCUUUUACGGCGUGGAGCGGCUGCACCCUUUCGACUCCAAGAAGUUCCAGCACGUUCUGAGCAUCCUGGAGCGCGGCGGCGUGCUGCAGGUGGGCCAGCUGGUGCGGGCGCACGAGGCGACGCACGAGAUACUGCAGGAGGUGCACACCGAGGCGUACCUCAACAAGCUAAACACAAGCAGCUUCAUGGUGGCCCAGGCAAGCCGAUGGGUCACGGAGCUGGUGCCGCUCGCCUUCCUGCCCCCCUUCCUGCUGCGGCGCAAGGUGCUGCGGCCCAUGGCCACGAUGGCCGGCGGCACGAUGAUGGCGGCGGCGCUGGCCAUGGAGCGGGGGUGGGCCAUCAACCUGGGCGGCGGCAUGCACCACGCCAGCCACGACCAGGGCGGCGGGUGGUGCCCCUACGCAGACAUCCACCUGGCGAUGCGCCGCCUGCGGGCGGCAUCCGGGGGCGGCGUGAGGCGCGUGAUGGUGGUGGACUUGGACGUGCAUCAGGGCAACGGCGUGGAGCGCUGCAAGCAGCACUUUGGCGAGGAGGGGGAGACCUUCAUCGUGGAUGUGUACAACAGGCGGGCGUACCCUUGGGAUGCAGAGGCCAAGCAGGCCAUCGAUGUCCAGCGGGAGCUGCUCCCCGGCACAGGAGAUGGGGAGUACCUGGAGGCGGUCGUCAGCGCACUGCGGCAGGCCUUCUCAGAGUUCCAGCCCGACCUGCUUAUCUACAAUGCGGGGACCGACAUCCUGGAGGGAGAUCCGCUUGGGCUGCUGAGCGUGAGUGCCGAGGGCGUGGUGCGGCGGGACCAGAUGGUGUGGCAGGCGGCGCUGGAGCACAGCGUGCCCAUCGUGCAGGUGCUGAGCGGCGGCUACACGCGCCGCUCCACGCCCUGCAUCGCAAGCUCCAUCCAAAACCUGUUCAGCACUUUCAACUUGGGGCAGAUGGAGGCUGCCCAGCAAUGA